GCCCAUUCUGAUUCUAUAUACCAUGCGACACAGGGGAUUUCCCUGAUAAUAUUCCCCACAUACAAGGGCUAUAUAAAUCGAAAGAGUAUCAAUGUCCUCAUACCAGUUGUUGUUUUACAGCGCUGUUCGCUUUUCUAGUCUUCCCCACAGAUCUCAGCAGGAAAGAUGGCAAAAUCAGCAUAUGUAUUGGUGUUCACUGUCCUAAUGAACGUCUCCUUUGCUUUUGGACUUCCAGCAUUAAUGCGGAAUAGACCUCCGAAACUUGACCACGUCAUACAUCACCGAAGUCAUAGGACAGGAGAGCUGCCAACAGCAGGCUGCCAAGUCUACACUGCAAUCCGCCAGUGCCAGACAACACUUCCAGGAGCUACCUGUACAGAUGCCAGAUGCCAGAUUAUGAACAACAUCUGCAAGGCUGCACUUCCAGUCAGACAUGCACCUCCAGUCAGACAUGCACCUCCAGUCAGACAUGCACCUCCAGUCAGACAUGCACCUCCAGUCAGACAUUACAGCUGUAUGUCCAGCCUUGUAAAGUGUUACGUCAACACCAUGGAGACGCUUUUCAACAGUAACAAGAACUACCCUGAAACACCGAAUGGUGUGACACAAUUCUUAGUUGACCUGGGCAAGUCACAGAAUUGUUCACGGAGAGAGACUGGUUGAGGACGGGAGCAUGUAACGAUGUAAGGGACGAAACCUAUAUUGCUCUGGGUGAUCACUCAAAGAAUGGGAUUCCUACUGUCCAACCAGCGUAUUCAACCGUGAACAUUUAGUAUCAGUGCUAAAUAAAUAACAUUAAAAAUCCACUUCUAUGUGAAGCACGUGUGGGUUCAAAAUGGAGACAAAUAUGAGUGAGGGAAGUCACUCUGCGAAGGAUAAUCACAGAAUUCAAUCUGUAAUACCUUUCCUGAACAGGACUGUGUUUAGAAUGCUAGAGACCAUUCUCUGUGUCCUGGGCCAGGAUAUUGCUGGAAUGUAGCUGUAGGCGGCGUAAAACUUCAUUUACUCCCUUACUCAAAAUGAUAAUUUAUAAACUACGUCUUUUGAAAUACGGACAUUAUGAAGAAAACUUCUGCCACCUUUUCUCAUUAGAGUGUUCGCCUUCUUCGCCCAGACGAGCAAAUUACAAUUGUGUGGAGUACCUGUGGUGACAAGGACAAUCUCCCUGUGGGUAGCUCGGCGACACGGGUGGCCCAGUCGUCUAAGGUGCCGCGAUUCACUGUGCAGAGGUGCGUCCCUUGGGCACGCCAGAAACCUAUGAUUGUGGGUUCGAGUCCCGAUUCGCCCCGAUUAUGUUUCUAGGU